AUGGCUUUUGAUGCCAAAUAUGACUCCAAAUCUUUGGAUUUAACUCCAACAAGUUCUAUCACUAUAGUUGUGACUAUCUUUGUUCUUGUCCUAUUGCUUGUGGAGCAAUCAAUUCGUUACUUGAGCAAUUGGUUGAAGAAAGUGAAACACAAGCUAAUGCUUGGUGUUGUUGAGAAAAGGAAGAAGGUAAUUGAAAAGAAACAGAAAAAACAACCUGAGGAAUCGGAUGAUGAUGAUGAUGAUGAUGAUGUAGAAAGCGACGAAGAGAAGGAAGACUAUAAGAGUGACGAUGUCAAAAUUUUAAAGGCAGUUACGCGAACAUCAUCUAAAUCCAAAUCAGUGCUGAAAAAAGAAACAAAAUUCUCUAGAGAAGAAGAAGAAGAAGAAGAAGAAGGUGAAGAAAAUUUAAUGGAUGAUUAUACUACAACGGAUAUAGAUGAAGACGAUGAAGCUUAUCCAUAG